AAAGAAAAUUCAGUUGACUUGCAUAACUCUUCCAUAAUUGUCUAGCAUUGCCUAGCAUAUACAGCAGGGCAUUGUAGUUUAUUCUAUGAUUCUAUUAUAAACUAGUUCAGUAAUCUAUCCGCAACCCAUCUAGGUAAAUAACAGAAAAUUCCAUUUAAGAUUAAGGAAUUUUUAAGGAAAGGAAUUUCAACUUUAAUUUGAUUUCAGAAUUAAAAUUACUUUAAAAUUAAUAUGUUGAAUGGUGGGCAGUCAGAUCCAGAUGCUUUUCUCCACUUGGACAAACAGGCUAAACUAGCGUUUUUGCUCUGGAUUUUAAAAAUUGGAAAUGAUGUGGCUUAAAAAAAACCAACCAUAUGGGGAGAGGGGGAAUCAGAAGCAAAGUUCCACCAUUCCAGUAGGGAAAACACAAAAUAGAUCAUUAUGCUUCAUUGCCCAGCAGUAAAUUGCAUAGCAAAGGUCUGGGCUUCUUCCACCAUUUUAAUGGAAGUUCUUCAGUCUUAAUAGAAAACCAUAUAAAUAAGAAUCUGCACCCAUAACUCAUAUUUUUUUCCACUGAAGAGCCAAUAACUGACUGAUUUGCGGCAAAGUCUGAUUUUUUGACAUUGCAUUUUGGGCCAUUUUCUUGAGACUGUUACUGCAUAUGCUGUAAUUUAUUAGGGACAGUCCCUGUUUUCAGGCAGCUUUCUGGGACACCUAAUUGUCCCUGUUUUGAUACAUCUCUAUGUUCCCUCUAUUUUUUCCUUAGUCAGUGGCAUUUUGUGCCUAGUGCACAUACAUAUCAGGGUACAUGCAAUGAACACCAAGGCUGCAAUCCUAACACCUGAUGUUGAUCAGCAGAAAGGUAGACUACAGUACAGGCCCCUCUCUGCUGGCCUUUGAUGAUGGGUAGGAGUGCCACUGAUGUGGGGCGGGGCCCCUAUCUCAGUAAGCUACCAGCAGAAGCAAGUGGAGAUCCCCAAAACAGGGCAUUUCAAGGCAAGGCACUAGAGAUUCCCCCAAGGGGGCUGAUUCUCGGCCCCCUCAGCUACAUCACUCCUAGAACUGGCACUGCAAAGUAUGUGAAGCCAUCAAAUAUUCCAUCGUGGCUUCCCACAAUCAUGCGUUUAUUAACAAACAUACACCCAUAAAUAAACACCAGUCAACUGAACUUAGUAUUCUCUUAACAGAACAAGCUGCCGUGCUUGCUGUUAGGAUUAUAGUCAUCUGAAAGCAACGGACAUACAUCAGCGUGGUGUAUGUGUGCAAAUUGGGCUGUGCAAUAGGAGAGAGGAGAUGGCAUGGAAAUGGGGGUGAUUUAAGAAGAAUGAGGAAGGUAGAGGGGGAAAGCGAGUGGAGGUGAAAAUGUGGGGUGCAAAGGGGGUUGCACAAAACGAGGGAGUAGAAGGCAUGGGAAAGGGGUUAAAGAUGAAAGCAGGAACAUGAAAGUGUCUGAAAUAUGGGAGGUGAUGGUGACUUCUUAGCUGGGUGGAAGAUGAUAAGGAUGUUUAGUAGUUGCAAGGUAGGAGGAAGAUGCAAAGGGAGUCACAGACAUGGGGGCAAAGGUAGAUAACAGGUGCAGAGCAGGGCUGUAGGACUGUUGGAGAAGUGGUCGCAGAAAUGGAGUUGGUAAGGUGAAAAGUGAGCUUAGCAGUUGCCUGGGGUAGGAAGCAGCAGCUCUAGUGGGUUUAUGUGAAGAAACCUGUGACUUGAGUGAGCAGGAAUGCAGCCUCUAAUAUAUUAAUCAUUCCUGUCAUUAUGCUCCUGGGAUUCUUGUCAGAUCUUGAACAGCUUGACUUUAUUCUAAAAGCAGUUUCAAAAUGUUUGUUUCCAGUAAAGAUGCUACCAUUCUUCUUCGUAAAUACCACUAAACAUCUUGCGACAUUUCCCUAAAAUAUUUGCUUGUGUCACUGACCUUAGUAUUGAGAAAAUAUAGGUUAAUGUUUAUUGGUUUUGCUAGAUUACUGGAGAUGAAGGGGAGAGAGAGGAUUACCAGUAGAGCAAAAGAUAGACUGUCAAACUCUGUGUUUUCAUGCAAGUGCACAUUAAUAAGGUCCUGGCAAGUUUCUCUUUAUACAUAAAAAAACAACUAAAAUCAGCCCCAGUUGGUUGCAGUUUUCAACAAAGUAGUUACAUGGAAGGAAGUGCUGACCUCUCUUUACUCCUGGCCUUUUUCUGAUCAGAAUCUCCUCCAGGCUGCUUACCAUCUCAUAUGUUCUUUUUCACCCACUGAUUUCAAUCAACAGAAGAGAUUUAAGCAUGCGCUUAACUUCCAAGUCCUUUUGCUGAAUACAUUUGGCAUUAUUAUUUUGGCCCUGGCUGCAAUGAUUCCAGUUACUGCUAUUCAUGACAAUCAAAAAGACCAUUAGCAAUGUUUUGGGGAUGUGUGAAUGUAAUGGAGAAAAAGCUGGAAUUUAAGGGCUCCUCCUUGAGAACUCCUAAAUGUGCACAAAAAUAUAUAACCAAAUCCCAUGUUAUGUUCACCCUGUCAUCUUGAGUUAUCGUAUCUCUUUUGGGGAAUUAUAUAUGGCAGCAAUAUUCUGUAACUGGAUGCUGAGUUCACAUCCUACACUCUUCUGAUGGCACAGGAAGUUGCCUAUUCUUUAAAAAAAAUGCAAUAGGAGAAUAGUUCUUUGCAGCAGGUCUGUGGCUGUUGUAAAAUUCUAAGGGUAUAGGAUUUGAUCCAAGUAUUUUACUCUCCUGUGCCACCCACAUCUCACCCAUGUCUGCCCUGUUUUGGCCAUUUCACCUGUAUUUUUGGAGUGGCAGAGGUAGUGCAUCUACCAUGGUUGUCACCAAAUCCUUUAGCCCCUCAGCUGAAGGAUGUUCAGUACUGGAUUAUACCCUAAAAGGCUCUUUACGUUCUCUCCCUAAAACUAUUAUUUUCCAAGGUAUAUCAGCCACACUGAAAUUUAUUAGCUGCUUGAAAUAUAUCCUGAUUAGUUCAAGCAAAGCUACCUGUAUGCAUAACAUCUGAUAAGUGUUUCCUAUUAGCUGUUUCUCAGAAUGAGUGUGUUAAAUCAGUUACGAGUGCUAUGGAAAACAAAAAGGUGGUGUUCGUUGCUAUGAAUAGUAAUACAACAAUUAUUUCCCAACAAUAAAUUUCACUUUAGGUGACUGAGUUUUUCCUCACAUUCAGUUCCUCUGAAGUGCCAUUUAAACAGCAGGUGACCACUGGUGCUAAAUUUCAGGAAUUGUUGUUUAAAGGUCAAAAAUCAAAGUUUGAAAAGCAGUUAUAAAUUUGAACCUGAAUUCACAGCCUGCCAAGUUCAGAGUAAUUCUUCUCCCCAUUGCCUUUAGGCUGCAGUCAGUGGAACCAAAGUACAUGGGUUUAUCUGGGGUGAAAUUAAACAAAUGUGGGAUGGCGGCCUGCAGGAUUAUAUUCAUGACUGGUGGAACCUGAUGGAUUUUGUAAUGAACUCAUUGUACCUGGCAACAAUAUCUUUAAAAAUUGUUGCAUUUUCAAAGUACAGUGGGCUGCUCCCAAGACAGAGCUGGGAUAUGUGGCACCCAACACUGGUGGCUGAGGCACUGUUUGCUAUUGCAAACAUCUUUAGUUCUCUGCGCCUGAUCUCAUUAUUCACUGCAAAUUCUCAUCUGGGACCAUUGCAGAUCUCUCUUGGAAGAAUGUUACUGGACAUUUUAAAGUUUCUUUUCAUCUACUGUCUUGUGCUGCUAGCUUUUGCAAAUGGACUUAACCAGCUAUAUUUCUAUUAUGAAACAAAUGAUGCCAAUCGCUGUAAAGGGAUUCGGUGUGAAAAUCAAAAUAAUGCAUUUUCAACUUUGUUUGAAACUCUCCAGUCACUGUUUUGGUCCGUGUUUGGGCUCAUCAACCUUUAUGUGACCAAUGUAGACGCAAGACAUGAAUUCACUGAGUUUGUUGGGGCCACCAUGUUUGGGACCUACAAUGUCAUCUCUCUGGUCGUCCUUCUCAACAUGUUGAUAGCCAUGAUGAACAAUUCCUAUCAGCUCAUUGCUGAUCAUGCAGACAUUGAAUGGAAAUUUGCUCGAACAAAACUUUGGAUGAGUUACUUUGAAGAAGGAGGGACUCUGCCUACUCCGUUUAAUGUCAUACCAAGUCCCAAAUCUCUCUGGUACCUGAUCAGAUGGCUGUGGAGACAAGUGUUCAGGAAAAAAAUCAGAAAGAAACCUGAAAGUUUUGGAACAAUUGGGAGGCGUGCAGCUGAUAAUUUGAGAAGGCAUAAUCAGUAUCAGGAGGUCAUGAGAAAUCUGGUUAAGAGAUACGUGGCUGCAAUGAUAAGAGAUGCUAAAACUGAAGAGGGGUUGACCGAAGAGAAUUUUAAGGAGUUAAAGCAAGAUAUUUCCAGUUUCCGCUUUGAAGUCCUGGGUUUGUUAAAAGGAAACAAGCUGUCUAACUUACAGUCCUCAAAAGUCAGCAGAGAAGAGUCCUCUUUGCCGGAAUCUGAUGAAGGAAAUGAAAAUGGAGGAGACGAGAAAAUUAAGAAGAGAAACCUUAGCCUUUUUGACAUAACUUCAAUGAUUCACCCCAAAGCAGUGGCAAGAGCCUCUGAAGCCCACAGCCACAGCAAUGGGUCAGCCAUGAUGACAAGAGUUUCCUCCAAGGAAAAGCAGAGGAAAGUGAAUUUUGUGAGUGACGUGAAGAAGCUUGGGUUCUUUCAUAGACAAUCCAAAAGUGCUGAGCAAAGGACCAGUAUUUACUCGAUUUCUGAAGAAGUUUCCCGCCAACAAGCAGACGAAUGUGAGAAAACUCCUGAAAUGGGAGUGAAAGCAUUGGUUGUGAACUGUGAACUCAACAUUCGGGAUCUCAGCGAAAGCUGCACCGCAGGCACUCAUAAUCAGGCCAGAAAUGAGGCGCUGGACUCAAAGGUGGAUGAGAAAGUUGCUGCUUCUGAAAUGAAGAAGGCUAAUUUGCCCACACCAAAGGAUUCUCCGGACAAUGAGCAGGACUUCAGUAGUAGUGACUCUGUUGUGAAACAAGAAACAAUUGUUCAGGACAAUUACCUGACAACAAGAUUGUGAUGAGCGGAGGCAGAAGCCUAUAGAAACACACUUGGUGAUGGUGAUGCUUAAAUCAGAAAAUAAAGAAUCAAAGCAUUCAGAGGCAACAUAGCUGUAACAUAGCUCAGUGAAGAAGAGGAAAUGGAGGAGCCUUCUGUUUUGUAGCCUGCUUUAGCUUUCACAGCUUCUUUUACAUUUUUUAUUAAAUGGGAGCAUCUUGUAUUCUUGUACUGUUGCAAUAACCCACAGAUACUUUUUAGCUAUCUUUUUCAAUUUGAAAUAAAUGCCAUUUCUCUCCUGUGAUAGUUAAUUGCCUAUGGUAAAUAUUUUUCUAUGCAAAUAAAUGUAGCUUAACAAAGGUGCGAGCCUUUAUGAACCUUUUUUUAGGAUUCCUAAAAAUGGACGAGAGAGAAUCGUCAGUGCUUUCUGUCAAAGGGUGAUAGCCAAUAUUACUCUAUGAUUAAUGUCGGAUAUCUACUCUGACCCAUUGAAAGCAAUGGACAACUUAAAUAAAUUGAUUUUGGUGGGUCUGCUCUGAAUAUGAUUUAGCUGGCUUUACCCAAAAUUAUUUAACUAGUUAGAAAUCUUAUUUAUAAAUUAAAUUUUAAACAGUGAAAUAAUUUAUUGAAAUUGUUAGUGCCUAUAAUUUACUAGUAAUCAUUUUGCUAUUUAUGUAAAAUAGCGUAAAUUUGUUAUUUAUGUAUACCCUAUUAGCGACCACCAUUUCCAUGCCUAAAAAAUGUUGCAACCAAAUUUUUAAAUUUGAAAACUUCAGAUAUAACCCUGCAGCAAAAUAAAAUACUAAGACUUCUUUAGUGGAAGAUGCCCAUAUCAAAGCAACUUUGCACAUGCAUUUUGAUGGAAAAUGGGUUAAUCCAUCCUUAGCCUCUCCAAGCCACACACAUACCCCUCGGUGGUCUGGGUUGGGGGGGUGGGAGAGCAUAUUUUAUGAAAUGUCUCUGAAUGAUAACCUGGAAGCAGUUCUGACUCUCCACAUUAAUUAAUUAAUUAAUCUGUGAGCCGUACUCUUUCGAGAAGUCUCUUUUCACUUCUGCAUUCAUAAUCCCAGUGUAUUUCACUAGCAACACAAGAGUGCUUCAGAAUAAUCUAAUUGAUGUGCUAUCAAAUUAUGACAAUCAUUCAAAAUCUUCUAAAGACAAAUCUGAACAGAAUCAGUCUCCUUUCCGAGAUGUUGGUGGCCUCCUUUCUGACUCUUUGCACAAUAAAUACGAUGGCUGGUAUUCAACUAAGUUUUACUUAGAGUAGACAUAUUGGAGUUAGUGAACAUGACUGUGUUAUCCCCAUUAAUUUCAGUAGGUAUACUCUGACUAAAACUAAGUUGAAUGCCACCCGUUGGCUUUUAAAUGUACAAUAUUAUUAAUCUGAGAGUAUUUUCAUAAACAAGUGUUUUACUGUCAGCCAAAAUAAUUUUUGAAAUUAAACAGUCUGUUUCUUUCUCAUCAA